AGACAGCCUCAGAGGGGUGUCCAGAGCCAGGCAGCAAGGACCAGAGGAAGGUGGACAGAGACCAAAAGGACAAAGCAAAGGAGAGACACAGAGAAAAAAAGAGACCGGCCCCAAAGGGACAAAGACCCCAACAUUUGUCCACGUCGCCGCAGAGGCAGCUGGAGCCAGUGCUGCCUGUCCGUCCCCAUGGGCCACCAUAGGCCAUGGCUGCACACUUCUGUCCUCUGGGCUGGGGUGGCCAGCCUGCUCCUCCCCCCUGCCAUGACCCAGCAGCUGAGAGGGGAUGGGCUGGGCUUCAGCAACUGGAACAACACCAGAGUCGCUGGGCUCUCCGAGGAGGCAUCAGCAGAGCUUGGCCACCACCUCCACAGCCCUAGAGACCAUCCAGAUGAGAACGAGGAUGUUUCCACAGAGAAUGGGCAUCAUUUCUGGAGCCACCCAGACCGUGAAAAGGAGGAUGAAGAUGUCUCCAAGGAAUAUGGGCACCUACUCCCAGGCCACAGGUCCCAAGACCACAAAGUCGGAGAUGAGGAUGUCUCAGGUGAGGAGGACUUUGCAGAGCAUGGCGGGCAGGCCCGUGGGCACAGAGGCCAUGGGAGUGAAGACACGGAAGACUCAGCUGAGCACAGGCACCACCUCCCCAGCCACAGGAGCCACAGCCAUCAAGACGAGGAUGAGGAUGAAGUUGUGUCCAGUGAGCAUCACCAUCAUAUCCUCAGGCAUGGACACCGAGGCCAUGAUGGGGAAGAUGAUGAAGGAGAAGAGGAGGAGGAGGAGGAGGAAGAGGAGGUCUCCACUGAGUAUGGACACCAGGCCCACAGGCACCAAGGCCAUGGGAGUGAAGAGGAUGAAGAUGUCUCAGAUGGACACCAUCAUCGUGACCCCAGCCACAGGCACCAAGGCCACGAAGAAGAUGACGAUGAUGAUGAUGAUGAUGAUGAUGAUGAUGAUGAUGAUGAUGUCUCCACUGAGUAUGGACACCAGGCCCACAGGCACCAAGGCCAUGGGAGUGAAGAGGAUGAAGAUGUCUCAGAUGGACACCAUCAUCGUGACCCCAGCCACAGGCACCAAAGCCAUGAAGAUGACAAUGAUGAUGAUGAUGUCUCCACUGAGUAUGGACACCAGGCCCACAGGCACCAAGACCACAUAAAGGAAGAGGAUGAGGCUGUCUCAGGUGAACACCGCCAUUAUGUCCCUGACCACAGGCACCAAGGCCACAGAGACGAGGAAGAAGAUGAGGAUGUGUCCACUGAACACUGGCACCAGGGUCCCCAACAUGUCCACCAUGGCCUUGCAGAAGAGGAAGAGGAAGAAGAGGAGAUCACAGUCCAGUUCAGCCACCAUGUUGCAAGCCACCAAACUCGAGGCCACAAGAGUGAUGAAGAGGACUUCCAAGAUGAGUAUAAAACAGAAGUCCCUCACCAUCACCACCACAGAGUCCCCAUGGAGGAAGAUGAGGAGGUCUCUGCUGAGCUUGGCCACCAGGCCCCCAGCCGCAGGCAAAGCCACCAAGAUGAAGAAACUGGCCAUGGUCAAAGAGGGUCCAUCAAAGAGAUGAGCCAUCACCCCCCAGGACACACAGCGGUCAAGGAUAGAAGCCAUUUGAGGGAGGAUGAUUCUGAGGAGGAAAAGGAGAAGGAAGAGGACCCCGGCUCCCACGAGGAAGAUGAUGAAAGUUCAGAGCAGGGAGAGAAAGGCACCCAUCAUGGCAGCUGGGACGAGGAAGAUGAGGAGGAUGAGGAGGAAGGUCAUGGCCUCAGCCUGAACCAGGAGGAGGAAGAAGAGGAAAACAAGGAGGAGGAAGAGGAAGAAGAGGAGGAGAGGAGGGAAGAGAGGGCUGAGGUUGGGGCCCCACUGAGCCGAGACCACAGCGAGGAGGAAGAGGAGGAGGAGGAGGGGCUGGAGGAAGAUGAGCCCCACUUCACCAUCAUCCCCAACCCACUGGAUGGGAGAGAGGAGGCUGGAGGUGCCUCCAGUGAGGAGGAAAGCGGUGAGGACACAGGUCCACAGGACGCUCAGGAGUAUGGGAACUACCAGCCAGGGUCCCUGUGUGGCUACUGCUCCUUCUGCAAUCGAUGCACUGAAUGUGAGAGCUGUCACUGUGAUGAGGAGAACAUGGGUGAGCACUGCGACCAGUGCCAGCACUGUCAGUUCUGCUAUCUCUGCCCGCUGGUCUGCGAAACGGUCUGCACUCCAGGAAGCUACGUUGACUAUUUCUCCUCGUCCCUUUAUCAGGCCCUGGCGGACAUGCUGGAAACGCCGGAACCCUGACCCAGCCGCUCGACUGCGACGCAGGUGUACCUCCCCCUGCCUUCCAAUCCCUUUCCACAAGCCAUAUUUAUUUCUCUGAAUAAACGUGCUCCCCGAAA